UCUCCCCUCUCUGUGAAUACAGUCUGCUUGAACUGAUUGAAAACAAGGAUUUCCCAGAGAGACAAAGCCUGACUGAGAAUCAAAGACUGAAGAUCUGCCAGGAGUUAUUGCUGGGACUUCAGGAACUCCACUCACAUGGCAUUCUGCACAGAGAUCUGAAGCCUGAAAAUAUUUUGUUUGAUAUCAACAAUAAACUGUAUAUCGCAGACUUUGGAGCAAGCCGCAAACUGGAUUUUGCACAAACCACAUUGUUUUCCCAAAUGGCUGGAACUUUGUCUUGGUGCAGUUUUGAGGAUGUUGGAGACCUAAAAUCCAUGUACAAGAAGGAAUCAGAUAUCCAAGUAGCGGGGUGCUUGGUGCAUUACAUCCUGACAGAUGGGCUUCAUCCCUAUCAAACCAAAACACCCUACUCUGAUGAUCCAUAUGGGAUUUCUAACAAUGUCAGAACAGGCAACUUCACUCUUCAAUGUGAAGAAAGAUGUAUGAACCAAAAAGAUAUUCUGACCAGAAUGCUAAGUAAGUCGUAUGAAGAACGUCCAACCCUGGAAGAAUGCCUUCAGGCUGUCACGUGUUUCAUACAUCGGUCUGAUUAUACCGGAAUCACAAACAACACUGCCAGUGAGAGUGAUGAAGCUAGGACCCAGGGCAUGUUGACCUCAAUGGGGAACGGAGAAACGCCAGAACAGCAGGAUUUUAUACCAGUGGAAACCAAUAGCAACCCUGAAAACCCUGAAAAUAACGAUAGAGCCCAUACAGAAAAUUUCUCUCUCCAACCACCAGAGGAGAUGGACUGCAGAGAGUUUAGUGAGUGAUCACCUAGAAAUUACUGGCCGUGACUUGAUGGAUUCAUCUGUGUCAACUGAAGAGGAAUUAUCUGAGUGUGAAAUGACCACUGAACAAGGGGUUUCUCUUUCCCUGGAAAUGUCAGAUGAAGAAGAGGAAGAACAACAAACAGUAGAAGAAGAAAUCGGAGGAAAAUCACCUUCAAGAAUCAGAAAAGCAAUGGAUCGCAAUGCCCAUGGUGAUAACCAUCAGCAACAUAAUAUGCGCAAUCUUCUUUUAAGUAAAAUAAGAAACAUGGGUAAUUACCACCACAAUUGCGCAGUCCUGUCCUCUGGCAAAGGACAAAUAAUUCCCAAAAGACAAGCAAUCUACCCAUCAGCAGCAUCUGACUACCUGCCUUGCAAGUUUUGUUUUGCAAUGUAUGUCAGAACAGAUCUCUGGAGACAUCACAAACAUUGCAAACUGCAAGUGAAGGAGGAUGGGCCAAAGAAAAGAAGAGUUCAAGCAGCAUCUGCCAUGAUGUUGCCCUUGGACGCCGCUGUUUCCAGGGGAUUAAAAAGAAUUCUUGCAACCAUGUCAUAUGAUCCAAUGAGUGUACUUGUGAAGAGUGACACACUGAUCAUUUCAUUGGGAGAAAGGAUGUUUCUUAAUGGUGGAGAAGUGCAAAGACGUGAAGCGGACAUCAAAAACAAGAUGCGAGAACUUGCAAGACUUGUUCUACAGGCAAGAAAAAUUGACAAGGACAUUGUCUUUUUGAAAGAUUUGAUCACUCCAGAGAAGUUCAACACAGUACUCGAGGCUGUAAAGCAGAUGAAUGGGUUUGAUGAGACAACGAACAGAUACUCGGUUCCUUCAACAGCACUCAAACUGCGCAGCUCCCUUACGCAUGUGGUAGAAAUUUUGGAGGGAGAAGCUGUACGUCAACAGGAUGUUGCCAUAAUGAGAAGAGCAGAGCAAUUCCAGAAAUUAGUGGACCUGGACUGGACGACGCAUGUAUCAUCUAAUGCACUGAAGAUCCUCUACCAAAAAAAAUGGAACAGCCCCCAAAUGCUGCCCCUCUCCAAAGACAUAAAAAAACUCCAGGAUCAUCUGAAACAUCUUGAGGACACCAACAAAAAAGCUCUUAUUGACAGACCAUCAAAAAGGCCAUGGAGUGAGCUCUCGCAAGUCACUCUGGCACAGCUAAUAUUAUUCAAUCGACGCCGUGAAGGAGAAGUGUCAAGGAUGGAAGUACAAACAUACCUUCAGAGAAACAUGCAAUGCAUGGAGGAUGACAUUGAGGAGAGUCUCUCGCCCUUUGAAAAGAAGUUGUGCGAGAAUCUCAUCAGGGUAGAGGUACGUGGGAAAAGGGGCCGGAAGUUGCCAGUGCUGUUCCCUCCCAAUGUAAAAGAGUCUGUGGAUCUUCUGAUAAAAACAAGAGAAGAGGUUGGAAUUUCUCUGAACAAUCCUUACAUUUUUGCCAGAACUCAUUAUGGAUCUGAGGAGAACAUUCGUGGAUGUGACUCCUUAAAGAGAUUUGCAGAGGAAUGUGGCGCCAAACAUCCACAAUAUCUUACAUCCACCAAACUAAGAAAGCAUGUUGCCACAGUUUCACAAAUACUUAAUUUGCAAACCCAUGAACUAGACCAGCUGGCAACUUUCAUGGGACAUGAUAUUGAGGUCCACAGGGAGUAUUACAGACUUCCUGAAGAAACACUUCAAAUGGCAAAAAUAAGCAGGCUUCUUUAUGCCCUGCAAGAUGGAAUGGGCAAAUUCAAAGGCAGUUCCUUGGAAGACAUAACACCAAGCAUCAACUUUGAAGGGGAGUUAAGCGACUUGGAUGCAGAGGAUGCCCAUUCUGAGAGGACUGCUACCACAAGCCAGGAAGGAAACUCGGAUGAUGGACAUACUGAAGAAAGGUCUACUACCUCAAGGAAGGCAAUUGAUGACAUGGCCAAAAGGUCAUCAUUGCCAUCAAAUCAAAAAGGGAAAUCCAGAAGGCCCUGGUCACAGACAGUAAAGGACAUAAUUGAGAACCAUUUCAAGCAUUUCCUGAAGGAAAUGAAGAUCCCUGGAAAACUGGACUGUCAAUGAUGCUCGACUGAAAAUCAGACUCUAAGGGAUAAUGGAAGAGUAGUCCAUGUAAACGGAGCAACAGUGUAAGGUUCUGAACAUUGGUAGUCCAUGUAAACGGAGCAUCAGUGUAAGGGUCUGAACAUUGGUAGUCCAUGUAAACAGAGCAUAAGUGUAAGGGUCUGAACAUUGGUAGUCCAUGUAAAUGGAGCAUCAGUGUAACAACACUGGGAGUUCAUGUAAAAAUGUCAUCAAUGUGUCAUAACAAUUUACAGUUUUUCCUAAUGUCACUAAGAUCUGUAGCCACAAGUGUUGCUGUAAAGACUGAUAUGUUUAAAACUAUUUACUACACAUAAAAUUACUCAUCACUGAGAGUGGAAAGUCUGUACUACCUCUAUCUUUUAGUGAGCUUAUGAGCUUUUUCAUGUGAUAAGCUGUCUUUAUGGUUUGUCAUGUGGAAAGCCAUUUCCGUCGUUAGGAGUGCAGCAAAAGCAAGUGAGAAACUCUUGGUUUAGGAGAGCACAUGUAAAUUUUUGCAAAAUAAAUAAU